AUGUCACUGGAUUCUGCUGACUACGACCCAAUCGGCCACCUGAACGCGAUCUUCUCCCACCCCGCAACCCUCUCCUCCGUCUCGAGCACCUCCGAGGCGCUCCGCAGCUACCAGGAUGACCUGGAUGAGGACAUCGCCGUCUUUGUCGCCUCACAAUCCGCCUCAGAUGCAGACAGCGUACAACGGAUACAGGCCGCCAAGGGCGAGCUGGCGGACCUGUUCAAGAAGAUCGAAAGCGUACGCGAGCGGGCUAUGCAAACCGAGCAGACCAUUACGGACAUGACAGCGGACAUAAAGCGCCUCGAUAGCACGAAGCGCAAUCUUACAUUAUCUAUGACGGCUCUGAAACGCCUGCAGAUGCUGACAACGGCGUAUGAGCAGCUGCGGAGCCUGAGCAAGUCGCGCCAAUAUCGUGAAUGCGCCCAGCUCCUGCAGGCUGUCAUACAGUUGGUGGCGCAUUUCAAGAGCUACAGGUCAAUCGACCAGAUUGCUACGUUAAGUCGCAAUGUGGCAGAUGUGCAGGGCGAGCUGCUAGAGCAGGUGUGCGAGGAUUUCGAGGUCACCUUUGCGAAGGGCGACGUUGCGCAGAAGAAGGCGAUGCUGGCCGAGGCGUGCCUGGUUAUCGAUGCCCUAGGUGACCAUGCCCGUACUCGACUAAUCAACUGGUACUGCAAUACACAAUUACGCGAGUACAGACAGGUCUUCCGUGGCAACGAUGAGGCUGGAUCCUUGGACAACAUCUCGAGACGCUACUCGUGGUUCAACCGCAUGAUGAAGACGUACGAUGUCGAACACGCAGCGAUCUUCCCAGCGUACUGGCGCGUCAACGAGAUGCUCGCCAACUCCUACUGCGAGGGCACGAGAGAGGACUUCAAGGGCAUACUACAGCGCUCUAUGAGACGAGGUGAUGGACAGACAAUGGACGUCGAUCUGCUGUUGUCAUGCCUUCAAGAGACUCUCGACUUCGAGCACAGUCUGGAACGGCGAUUCUCGAACGAAUCGCGCUCUUCGAUGGACACAAUCGUCUCGAAAGAUGAGCGGUCACACGGAUUUAGCCAAGCUAUUUCCAACGCAUUCGAGCCGUACAUGAGCUUAUGGGUCGAGUCGCAAGACAAGCAGUUGGCUACGUUGAUACCAAAGUAUCGCCAGCAGCCUCUGCGGAACACGGAAGAGGAGUUUUCGCCACAAGCUGUCAUACCCUCUUCGACAGAGCUCUUCCACUUUUACCGACUCACCCUGGGCCAAUGUGCAAAGCUUUCUACGGGGAGCAGAUUGGCAGAACUGUGUACAACUUUCGCAAAGUAUCUCGACCAGUACGGACAACAAGUGCUAUACUACUUCCUCAGCGAGAAGUCAGGCACGCAGGGACCUUCGAUCGAAGACGCUGUCCUGAUUCUCAACACCGCGGACUACUGUUAUGCCACCUGUAAUCAGCUCGAAGAGAAGAUCAGAGGGCGCAUAGAUGAAGAGUUUAAGGAGAAGGUUGAUUUGCAGAACCAAGCGGACGCGUUCAUGGGCAUCGCCAGCGCGACAGUGCGGGUGCUCGUGAGAAAGGUCGAGGUAGCAUGCGAAUCAACAUGGAGAGAAAUGCGCAAUACGCCCUGGAGCAGACUCGAGAGCGUCGGCGAUCAAAGUUCUUACGUUGCAGAGCUCUUGCGCCACGUCAAGGAGACGUCAGCUGAGGUACUCAGAUUACUCCACAAGCAGCAAUAUUCACGAGCGUUCUGCGAUAACCUCGUCGAUCUAAUGGCUACUACAUACAUCGCCAAUAUCGUACAGAGCAAGCCCAUCUCCGAAGCUGGCGCUGAACAAAUGCUGCUGGAUUCAUAUGUCCUGAAAAAGGGCUUCAUGGAGCUUCCCAUACUCAACGAAGAAGCAGGGACGACUCCGCCAGCCAGCUUCGUCAAACGCGUCAAUCAAGCCAUGUCGCGCAUCGACCCCCUGCUCAAAACGCUCCAAGUUCGCCCGGCUCCGCCUGAAGCCCUCGUUCAAGCCUACCUCAUCCACAUUGCCGAUAAAUCGGACACGAACUUCCGCAAGAUCAUGGAUAUGAAGGGCAUCCGCAAAGCCGAACAAACACAACUCCUUGACCUCUUCUCCGCCUUCAAAGCAUCCCCUCAACACGCGGCACUAGUUGACAACUCGCCCUUACUCACGCCCAUCCAGCUCCAAGCGCCACCAUCGACAGGUGGCAUUGGAAGCAAUGUAGGCAGCGUUAUGGGUCAGAUGGGUACACCGAGUCUGGCGGCAGGCCGUUUCGAUCCAGCGGGACUUGGAAACAUGCUAGUCAACGCUGCGAGGGAUGGUGUGGAUCGGUUUGGCAGUCCGGCACCGGGGCAAGCACUCGUUGAAGAUGGAAAGGCGAAUCUUAAUGAUAAUUUGAAGAACAUUGGGAAGUUCUUUAGGAGAGAUGUCGGUGGUUUCAGGGGGUUUGGCAAAAGCGAUGGGUAG